AUGACAACUAGGGGUGGACGGGUGGCGGUGUCCCCUCAAAUCCUGUUAUCCAAAAUUCUCAACCUUAACAUUUUAAAAGGAAAACAAAGCAAAUUGCAGAAUCCAAACCAAAACUUAAGCUAGAUGAUGAUGGGCAGCUUGAAAGCAGCAGCAGCAGCAGCUUCACCACUAUUACUUCAUCCUCAAUUGAGUGUCGCAGUAGGCAAAAGCAAGAGUGUCGACGCAACGCCAAGAAUUGUUAGCGUCUCUGCUUCAAAAUCUGCUGGAUUUUCCAUUAACUCGAUUCUUAAUGGUUGUAAAACAUGUGGAGGCAAAGGUGCAAUAGAGUGUCCAGGGUGCAAGGGGACAGGAAAAAAUAAGAAGAAUGGAAAUAUAUUUGAGCGUUGGAAUGUUUCAGAUGUUUUGACUGUCAAGGGUUUGGACUCAAGAGUUGUCCAAAUUGUGGGAAAGGAGGCCUCACACCUGAACAAAGAGGGGAAAGAUGAUCCUAUUUGCACUAGCCCUCAACCCCACUAUUUUCUUAUUCAUAUAUAUGUAUAUAUAUAUUUUUUCUUAACUAAAAAAACAUAA